CUUAAAAUAUUUUCGUUAAUAAUAAACCUAACGUAGUUGAUUUACUGACAUUAAUAUUUUAAAGACUUCAUAUUUAUUAUAUGAAGUAUAUAAAAUUAUAUACUUUUAUUAUUAAUUUAAAAAAUUAAAAAUGAUACAUUUUAUGGUACUUUUGUUUACUACGACAAUUAUUGUGAGUUUUUGCUUUGAAAGAAACAUCGAUGAAAAUGUGCAAAAAGCAUGGAAUGAAUGGGAAAUACAAUUUAAUGGAAUGUACCAUCAAUAUAAAAAGCAUAAUCGAGGUUUUGAAUAUAAUGCAAAUAAAUAUUUCACAAUAAAAAAUCAGUAUUUAUCUGAAAUAAAUAAGUUCAGAUCGUGGCACAGUGUGAAUCACUUAAAUGAAAAUAUUGAAUUAAAUAAGCUGGCUCAAGCUCAUGCAAAUUAUUUAGCUAUGACUGGGAUUUUCAGCCUCAGUCCAACUAAAUAUAUUUUCGGAGAGAUAAUUUCAUAUUGUAGCAUGAUAGAAGAUCUUGGGAAAAUUGUAGCUUUAAAUACUUACAGUAAAUUUGAUAAAGGUAAAAACAUCUUUAAUUUUGAUGCAGAUGAAGAAGAAAUGACACAAGAUGAAAAUAUUGAAGGACGACAUGAUGCAACUGCAUUAAUUUGGAAAAGUGCUACUGAAAUUGGAAUUGGGAUUUCAUGUACUAGAAAAUUUAAAAACGACAAUAUAAUAUUCAACGAACCAUUAGUUAUUAUAGUAGUAUUAAUAAGUCCUGAUAUAAACAUAAUAGGAGAAUAUAAAGAAAAUAUUCAACCUAGAAACAUUGAACUUAUGGUUCAAGAUGGUUAUUUUUCAAAAAAAAAAGGACUUUUAAGUUUAGAAAAUAUAUUUGGAUUUACAAUCGAUUUCAAGCCUUUUAUUGAUAAUUUAUUUUGGUUUUUCAAUAAAAAGAAUAAAGACGAGGAAAAAAAUGAAAAAAUGAAAAAAGCUUAAAUAUUGCGUUUAACUUUUUUCAAAUGUAUUUACAUUUUUUAAAACGCCAAAAACACUCAUACGCGUAUACAUGUAAAAUAAUGAAUUGUUAUACUU